UUCUGCUUUCUCCAGGAAAUGAGCAGCUCGAGUGAUUCAUAGUGAAAUGCUGUUGGAGACCGACGAUGCUGGGCCGCAUCCUCUUCCCCCAAGCCUGGGGGUCUACAGCCAGGCAUGGGGCACAGGUGCCAUCUGAUGUCUACAGGCCCUGACCCCCACCACUCCAGAUUCUUAGAGGAAACAACUUCAUAGGAACUGGACUGAAUGAGUCCCGUACCCUGUCCCACGACCAGUUUCAUCAGGAAGAGCUGUGACAGAGCUUUUCACUGUGUGUCAUUCUGAAUUCACAUCUGCUUUGCCAAGGCAUGGAGGCAGAAGACACUCCAGAAGCUGGAGACAGAGUGCGGGACCCAGGGUCUGGCAAUGACAGCCAACCUGAGAGUGUGCAGUCCCCCGGCCCCGAUGCUCUCUGGGAGCUGCUAGAAGGGAAGUUUCUGGAACACAAGCAAGAGGCUUUCAGGACCCCAGAUGAACGCCGGAAGAGCCUGCUGAGUCUUCUCCCCCUGUUCCUGAAGGCCUGGGAACACUCUGUGGGGAUCAUCUGCUUUCCUAGUAUCCCAAUACUGGCAGAGGAUGUGUCCCACCAGUUUGCACAAGAGAUACAGGAGGCCCUUGCUGGAAAGCCUGCAGAGCAAGCACGGGCAGUGGCCUGGCAGUUGCUACGACGGAAGGGGGAUGCGGACCAGGGUGGCUACCUGCUCCUGAAGUCGGUGUACGUGCUCACAGGGAAGGACUCAGAGACCCUGGGCCGAGUUGCUGAAUCUGGGCUCCCAGCCCUGCUCCUACAGUGCCUUUACCUCUUCUUUGUCUUUCCUCCGGAAAAGGAUGAGCUUCUGGAGAGCAACCUUCAGGUUCAGAGGAUGUUUGUGCAGAUGUUGCUCAACAUUUGCAGUGAGUCUCAGGGUCUGGAAGGACUUGUCUCGGGAACCGAACUCCAGUCUCUACUCAUUGCCACGACCUGUCUUCGGGAGCACAGCUGCUGCUUUUGGAAAGAGCCCACCUUCUGCGUGCUGAGAGCAAUCUCCAAGACCCAGAACCUUAGUAUCAUCCAGUACCUGCAGGCCAUGGAUUGUAUUAAGAUUUCCCUCCAGAACCUCUCCAAGCUUGCAGACAUGUUCCCGGCUCCAGAGGUGAGCGAGGCUGUGGGCCUCGUCUUGGGCUUCGUGAAGGAUUCCUACCCCAUCUCCUCAGCUUUGCUCCUGGAGUUCGAGAAUGGGGGGGGCUACCCUCUGCUGCUCAAAGUACUGCUUCGGUAUGAUGGGCUGUCCCAGAGUGAGACGGACCCCCACGUGGAGGAGCUCUUCAGGCUGGUGAUGUGGCUGACCACCUGUGGAAGGUCGGAGCUGAAGGUGUUUGACAGCAUCACUUACCCGCAACGUGAAGGCUUCAAGUUCCAUCACGAGGCUUCUGGGGCAACUGUUAAGAAUCUUCAGGCCUUCCAAGUCCUGCAGAAUGUCUUCCACAAAGCCAAUGACCUUCUCCUCUGCUCACAAGUCUUGUCAGCCAUCAAAACCAUGUGGACCUGGAACGCACACAACUUCUUCCUGCUGGAGUGGACCCUGCAGCCUAUCUCGCAGUUUGUGGAGCUCUUGCACCUGAAACCAGUCCCGGUGCAGAUGCAGUUCUUCCAGUUGCUGGAGGCUCUGGUGUUUGAGCUGUACUAUGUGCCCCAUGAAAUCCUGCGGAAAGUUCAGCGCCUGAUCAAGGAGAACCCUGAGUCACCCUGCACCCUUGUGGCCCUGCAGAGCAUCCACAGGAUCACAGGCGGAGACCUAUUAUUCACCGACAUCUUCCGGGACUCAGGGCUCCUGGGCCUGCUGCUGGCCCAGCUGAGGAAGCGAGCCAAGAUCAUGAGGAAGUCAGGAAACAAAGAGUCCGCUCCUGGCAUUCAGGAUCCAGAAAGAGAGCUCACCUGCUUGAUGCUGAGGACUGUGGCCACGCUUCUUGAGGGCUCAGUUCGGAACGCAGCUGUUCUGAAAGACCACGGCAUGGUGCCAUUCAUCAAGAUCUUCCUGGACGACGAGUGCUACCGCGCAGCCUCGCUCAGCAUCCUGGAGCAGCUCUCCGUCAUCAACGCGGAGGAGUACAUGAGCAUCGUCGUGGGCGCCUUGUGCUCAUCCACGCAGGGCGAGCUGCCGCUGAAACUGGAUCUUCUGAAGUCUCUAAUCCGGAUCUUGGAAACUCCCAAGGGUCAUGCUGCUUUCAGAGUCUCCAGCGGAUUUAACGGGCUGCUGUCUUUGCUCUCCGACCUGGAGGGGUCUCUCCAAGAACCCCCACUGCAGAUGUGGGGGCUGGUCUCCCCCAGCCAGACUCUGGACCUGGUCUUCCACACCCUCUGUGCCAUGUCUGCAGCACUGCACCUAGACCCUGUCAACAGUGACUUCUUCCAGAAAAAUGGGCUGUUUGAGAAGCUGGCGGAGGAUAUCUGCCUGCUGGGCUGUUUUGGAGUCCUGGAGGAAGAGGGAGCCCUGCUGCAAUCCUCGGCAAGCGCAAAACCCAGGCCAUUUGCUGAUUUGCAGAGUGCCGCUUUUUCCUCCACCAGCCCAUUCCCAUCCAGGCUACAGAACUGCCUCCAGAUCCUCAGCUUUCUGGACAGCAUGGCCAGCAGCACCCUCCAUCUGCGGAGGGACUUGACUGUGUCCCUGAGUGCCGGGCUGGAGCCAGUUGUGGAUGCCCAAAAGGGAGAAGCUGGCAGUAACCCCAAGAGCAGCUUCCAGCAGUGGCCAGACCUGGAGGAAAGGACGGAAGAAGGUGAUGCUGCAAUCAUGCACCCCGGGAUGGUGUGUGUCAUGGUGAGGUUGCUGCCCCGGGUGUACCAUGAAGAUCACCCCCAGCUUUCCAUGGAGAUCCAGCACUCCUUGGCCAGCCACCUGCAGGCCCUGGUGAAGUCAGAGAAGAACCGCCAGAUCAUGUGCGAGGCAGGCAUGCUCAGCACCCUCAUGACCACCUGCCACAAGGCCCUGGUCACCAGCAGCCACCCCCUGCACCUGAGCCUCAUCAGGAUUUUUGAGAAGCUUGCCUCCCAAGCCAUCACACCUGACGUGCUAAGACAGUUUUUAGGCCUUGGAAUCCCCCCACCUGCAUCAGCUGCUACGAAAAUUCUCAGUCCGUCUGGUGUGCAUGGAGGUGACCGUGGAUGCUCAGGGUCUGAGGCAGCUGUGCCAGGUGCUGCGGGGGGCCCCGCGAACGCUGGCCCUGCGGUCUCACAGGCCCUCAAGCCCUCGGCGGCCGCUCUGCAGACAGUGCUGAGCCUCAUCUCCAUGACCUCCCCUCGAAACCUGCAGCCUCAGAGGGCAGCCCUGGCUCCAUCGUUUGUGGAAUUUGACAUGUCCAUGGAAGGCUAUGGCUGCCUGUUCAUUCCGACCCUGUCGACGGUUAUGGGCACUAGCACCGAGUACUUGGUCUCCGGAGGGAUUGGGACAGGCGCUGCCAGACCCUUCCCUCCCCCCGGGGGCCUGACCUUCUCCUGCUGGUUCCUGAUCUGCCGCCAUAGUGCUAUCCCUGGCGGCCACCCGCUCCGCUUCCUCACGCUGGUGCGCCACCUUGCCAGGACCGAGCAGCCCUUCGUCUGCCUCUCUGUCAGCCUCUGCCCUGACGACCUCUCCUUGGUGGUGUCCACGGAAGAGAAGGAGUUUCAGCCUCUGGAUUCCAUGGAGCCUGAGGAUGUUGCUGAGCCUUCUGCGGGACGCCAGCUCCAGGUCAGGUGUGGGCAGUUGCUGGCUUGUGGUCAGUGGCAUCACCUGGCUGUAGUGGUCACCAAGGAGAUGAAAAGGAAUUGCACUGUUUCCACCUAUCUGGAUGGACAGGUCAUUGGCUCAGCCAAGAUGUUGUACAUUCAGUCCCUACCGGGACCUUUCCUUGCAAUGGAUCCGUCUUCCUUUGUGGAUGUGUGUGGAUAUAUUGCUACCCCUCGAGUCUGGAAGCAAAAAUCGUCAUUGACUUGGCGUCUUGGCCCUACAUACCUCUUUGAAGAAGCCAUCUCAGUGGAAACUUUGGAAGUUAUUAACAAACUUGGCCCAAGAUACUGUGGUAACUUCCAAGCAGUACAUGCCGAAGGAGAGGACUCUGAUGGUGAAGCUGUGGCCCUUGUUGCGGAGGAGAGGGUUUCCUUUGGACUUCACGUAGCCAGCUCAUCCAUCACCAGCGUGGCAGAUAUAAGACACACUUACAACGAGGUGGACAGCCGCCUGAUAGCCAAAGAGAUGAACAUUUCAUCCCGCGACAGUGCCACACCCGUGUUCUUGCUAAGAAGUUGUGCUGGCCAUCUCUCAGGCCCUCUUCGAACCAUUGGAGCGGCUGCUGUGGGCCAGUUAGGAGUGAGGGUGUUUCACUCCAGCCCUGCAGCCAGCAGCCUGGACUUCAUUGGAGGACCCGCCAUCCUCCUGGGCCUUAUGUCCCUGGCGACGGAUGACCACACCAUGUACGCAGCCGUGAAAGUCUUGCACUCGGUCCUGACCAGCAAUGCCAUGUGUGACCGCCUGAUGCGGCACAUCUCUGGGUACCAGAUAAUGGCGUUUCUGCUGAGAAAAAAGACUUCACUCCUAAACCAUAGAAUUUUUCAGCUAAUCCUCUCAAUUGCUGGCACUGCUGAACUGGGCUUCAGAUCAUCGACUAUUGCCAACAUUGGUAUCUUCCAGCACGUCCUCUGCAAUUUUGAGCUCUGGAUGAAUACUGCAGACAAUCUGGACCUCACCCUCUUCUCCCAUCUUGUUGAAAUUUUCCAGUCACCAAGGGAAGGACCCAGGAAUGCCGAAGUUGCCCACCAAGCACAGCUCAUACCCAAGCUCGUCUCCCUCUUCAAUGAGCCGGUCCUCACCCCCUCCAAGAUCACCACCAUCAUUGCUAUCCUGGGCCACCAGCUGAGGGGCCACUUUAGCCUCCAGGACAUGCUCAGGGUCGCCCUGUUUGUCGUGUACACCCUCAAGCCUUCGUCAGUGAACGAGAGGCACACCUGCACGGACGGAGUCCUGGACCUCUCUGCACCUGCUGGAAGCCAAACAUCUGGAAAGACAAUCUGGCUCAGAAACCAGCUGCUGGAGAUGCUGCUCAGUGUAAUGUCUUCUGGCCACCUUCAUCUGUCCUCUGAGAAAAAGGAAGAAGCGUUUCUGAGCCUGGGGCCAGACUGGUUCCUGCUUUUCAUGCAGGGCCACCUGCACCCCAGCACCACCGUCCUGGGGCUGAAGCUGCUGCUGUACUUCUUGUCAAGCCCCGUCCUCCGGGGGCGAUUUAAAGAGGGCAUGGCGGCCGGAUCCUGGGUGGCAAACAGCGCCGCGGGUGUGGACAUCAUAAUGAACAACCUGAAGAGUCCCCCUGCCACGCCUGAGCAGAGCGCCUGCUUGCUUCCUGGGUUCCGUGUGUUGAAUGACUUCCUGGCCCACCAUGUUCAUAUUGCUGAAGUCUACCUCAUUGUGUCUGCCUUCUUCCUGCAGACUCCACUCACCGAGCUGACUGACCAGCCCAAAGACAGCCUCGAGGCCAUGCUUCGGUGGCUCCUGCAGAAGCACCACAGAGAAGAGGUCCUCCGGGCUGGCCUGUGCUUGGAAGGUGGCCUGCUGCUUCUGGAAAUGCUGAAAGCCACCAUGAACCAGCCCUCAGCAGAUUCUGAAGAUGACAUCUGGGAACAGAGCUUCCCGGCCAGCGUGCUGCAGUUCCUGGGCCUCGUCCACAGUGCCUACUCCCAGGACCCUAUGUGGCAUGCCCUGGAGUUUCUCCAGACCUUGGCUGCGGUCACCUUCCCUCUGGGAAUGCAGAAGGGGGCCAUGGCUGAGUCCACCUGGAAUGCUGGGAGUCCUGGGGCUGCGGCCGAAGGUCACAGCCCUGCAGAGGAGCUCCAGGCUCCUGCUCGGAAGCAGCUGAGGAUGUUUACAAAGCUUGUCUUGAGGGGGCUCCUGAAGUCGGCUUCCUCCCCCAAGCAGUGGCUGCCACUGGAGGUGCUCCUGGAGGCUUCUCCUGACAGUGCCACUGGCCAACAGAAGCGAGACUUCCAGUCUGAGGUCCUGCUCUCCACCAUGGAGAUAUUUCACAUUAUGAGUGAAGGCAAUGCGCCGGUACUGGGAGGCGGUAAGGAGCCUCAGCCGAAUGCAGAAGCUGCUGCUACUCCAUCCCUCACCAACAUCUCCUACUUCACCCAGAAGCUGGUGGAGAAGCUGCACAGUGGGAUGUUCACAGCCGACCCCAGACACAUCCUUCUCUUCAUCACAGAGCACAUCAUGGUGGUCAUUGAGAGCAUCGCUUCUCAAAGGGAAGCCAUCCUCAGCGCUUUGUAUAGCAGUUUGAAUAAAGUCAUCCUGUAUUGCCUUUCCAAGGCCCAGCAGUCCCUCUCCGAAUGCCUCAGCCUCCUCAGCAUCUUGAGCUAUCUGCAGGAGCACUGGGACAUCAUCUUUGCCACCUAUAAUUCCAACGCUGGUUUCCUCCUGUGUCUCAUGCAUUGCCUUUUGCAGCUCAAUGCGAGAAGCUAUCCAGAAGGAUUUGGAUUGGAACCCAAGCCUAGGAUGACUCCUUAUCAUCAAGUCUUUCUCUCCCCAAAUGAAGAAGUGAGAGGAAAAAGAGGGGAAAACGUCCCAAGUUUGAGUGAUGUCCAGCACAAUAUCCAGAGGAUGGUGCGGACUCUCUGGCAGCAGCUGGUGGCACAGAGGCGGCAGGCACUGGAGGAUGCCUUCAAGAUUGAUCUCUCCGUGAAACCUGGAGAGAGUGAAGUGAAGAUUGAAGAGGUCACCCCACUCUGGGAGGAGACCAUGCUCAAGGCCUGGCAGCAUUACUUAGUAUCUGAGAAGAAGAUGCUGGCCAGUCGCUCAAAUGUCACCCACCACAGCAAAGUCACUUCGUGGAGUGGGAGCCUCUCGUCAGCCAUGAGACUGAUGCCCAGCCGGCUAGCCAAGGACCCUGAGUGCAAGGCAGAGGAUUUUGUGCCGUGUAUAGAGAACUACAGAAGGAAAGGACAGGAGCUAUAUGCAUCUUUAUACAAAGAUCAUGUGCAGAGACAGAGAUGUGGCAGCAUCAAGGCAGCCAGCGCCUGGGCCAGGAUCAAGGAGCAGCUCUUCGGGGAGCUGGGCUUGUGGGGCCAGACGGUGGGAGCCGCACCCUGCUCGCAAUGGGAGCUGGACAGGCGAGAAGGACCUGCUCGCAUGAGGAGAAGAAUCCGACGCCUGUCUCCACUGGAGGCCCAGAGUCAGGCAGCCCACGAGGAGAGCCAAGACAGAAAUGAUAUUUCUCAAACAAAUGCUGGAAACAAAGAUGAACUGACACCAAAGGAAGUCGAGAUUGAGAGAGACGAAGUGGCAAUGGACUGCACCAAGCUGACGUUCUUCCCUGCCUUGCACGAAAGUCUGCACUCGGAAGACUUCUUAGAACUGUGUAGGGAAAGACAAGUUAUUUUACAGGAGCUUCAUGAUCAAGAAAAGGUGUCACUGAAAUACUCCCUGGUGAUCGUGCAAGGGCACCUGGUCUCAGAAGGGGUCCUUCUCUUUGGCCAACAGCACUUCUACAUCUGCGAGAACUUCACACUGUCUCCUGUGGGCGACGUCUACUGCACCCGCCACUGCUUGUCCAACAUCAGCGAUCCGUUCAUUUUCAACAUGUGCAGCAAAGACAGGUCCUGUGACCAUUAUGCAUGCCAGCGCCACAGGUACACGGACAUCAGGGAGAUCCGCCAGACACACUUCCUUCUGCAGGACAUCGCCCUGGAAAUCUUUUUCCAAAAUGGAUGUUCUACGUUUCUUGUCUUCCACAACAAUGACCGGAGUAAGGCCUUCAAAAGCUUCUGCUCUUUCCAACCUGGCUUGAAGGGGAAAGGCAUCACGGAGGACUCCCUAAACCUAAGGAAACACCCCGGCUCGGACAGAACCAUGCUGCAGAGGUGGCAGAAAAGGGAAAUCAGCAAUUUUGAGUAUCUCAUGUACCUCAACACGCUGGCUGGGAGGACCUACAAUGAUUACAUGCAGUAUCCAGUGUUUCCCUGGGUUCUUGCCGACUACACCUCAGAGACUUUGAACUUGGCGAACCCCAAGACCUUCCGGGAUCUUUCAAAACCCAUGGGGGCUCAGACCAAGGAAAGAAGGCUGAAAUUCGUCCAGAGGUUUAAAGAAGUUGAGAAGACUGAAGGAGACCUGACCGUCCAGUGCCACUACUACACUCACUACUCCUCUGCUAUCAUUGUCGCCUCCUACCUGGUCCGGAUGCCACCCUUCACCCAGGCCUUCUGCUCUCUGCAGGGCGGAAGCUUCGAUGUGGCAGAUAGAAUGUUCCACAGUGUGAAGAAUGCAUGGGAGUCUGCCUCCAGGGAGAACAUGAGUGACGUGAGGGAACUGACCCCGGAGUUCUUCUACCUGCCCGAGUUCCUAACGAACUGUAAUGCAGUGGAGUUUGGCUGCAUGCAGGAUGGGACAGUGCUGGGGGAUGUGCAGCUCCCUCCCUGGGCUGAUGGAGAUCCUCGGAAAUUUAUCAGCCUGCACAGACAGGCUCUGGAAAGUGACUUUGUCAGCGCCAACCUUCACCAGUGGAUAGACCUCAUUUUUGGAUACAAGCAGCAAGGCCCAGCUGCAGUGGAAGCUGUUAACACCUUCCACCCCUACUUCUAUGGCGACAGGAUGGACCUCAGCAGCAUCAGAGACCCACUGAUCAAAAGCACCAUCCUGGGCUUUGUCAGCAACUUUGGACAAGUGCCCAAACAGCUCUUCACCAAACCCCACCCGACCAGGACUGCUGCAGGAAAGCUGUCACCUGGAAAGGAUGUGAACACACCCACGGGCCUGCUGGGCCACGUCCAGCCAUUUUUCUACAGCCUGCAGUCUCUGAGGCCCUCCCCGGUCAUGGUCAAAGAUAUGUACCUCUUCUCACUAGGCUCCGAAUCCCCCAAGGGAGCCAUCGGCCAAAUCGUCCCCACCGAGAAGACCAUCUUGGCGGUGGAGAGGAACAAGGUGCUGCUGCCUGACCUCAGCAACAGGACCUUCAGCUGGGGCUUCGACGACUUCAGCUGCUGCCUGGGCACCUACGGCUCUGACAAGGUCCUGAUGAAGUUUGAGAACCUGGCCGCCUGGGGCGGCUGCCUGUGUGCCGUGUGCCCGUCAGCCACGAUGGUCAUCACGUCGGGAGCCAGUGCCGCGGUGUGUGUGUGGGAGCUCUGCUCGGCCAGAGGCCAGGCGGGACUGUGCCUCAGGCAGGUGAGCAAGGCACAAGGAAGGUAAGUGACUCGUCCAAGAUCAUAUAGCAGAAAAUGAAAGACUGACUCAGAAUGGAAGUGGCAGAGCACAAAUGGCCAUCCAGGAGGCAAGGAGCUCGUCCUCAUCCUACCUCAUAAGCCACCACUCAUGAUAAUAGCCACAGUGAUACCUGCUGUUCACUUAACACCCGGAACACGCCAGGAUCUUACACCUCAUGCUGAGUCACCACCCGGCUGUCGGUGGAGGCUUCCGUGUUGCCAUGAUACUGAACUGGUUUCAGCGGAGCUGCCAGACUAAGAUGGACUAGAAAGAAAGGCCUGGUGAUCUACUUUUGAAAAUCAGCCAGUGAAACCCCUAUGGAGCAUAAUAGUCUGACCCACAACCUGUCAGUAGGACUGGCACAGCAUUGGCAGAGUGUCCGUCUGUGGGGCGUGGGGUAGCUGUGAGCCAGGGGCCUGCGAGACAGCAGCUGACAGCAACAACAACAAAGCAGCUGUUGUACCCGCUUUCGGAAGAGAAAACGGGCUCAGAAAAGUUUCAGUGAGUUUAACCCUGUGCUGUCUCUCUGUGUACUCUUGAACUUGCCCUAAGAUAUCUUUAGGAUGCUUCCAACUCUAAAUACAAUUCAUUUUUACUUCUGAUUUUUAGUUAGCCAUGUAGCCCCCCAAAUCAGAAUAAACCCUACAAAAAUCACCACUGAUGAGAUUGUUCUAAAUGGAAAUGUUUCACUGGACUGGCUAGGUUCUCUGAAUGAUUUCCAAGUCUCUCCUUGUCUCCUCUGAGCUGGCCCCUGCACGUGGGCACUCCCAAGUUAAAUGAACAAAAGGUCCAUUGUGAGGGAGGAGGUUUCCCAUUGCCCCCUGGAGGCUUCCUUGCUGCUUUGGGCUUGUUUUAUUUUAUUUUUGGCCUAAAUGGAGAGAGGAGUCCCUAGGUUGUACGAACAGUUAAUGCACUCAGCUGCUAACUGAAAAGCUAGAAGUUUGAGUCCAUCUAGAGGUGCCUCAGCAGAAAGGCCUGGUGAUCUACAUCCAAAAAUUUAGCCAUUGAAAACCCUAUUGAGCACAGUUAUGCUCUAAUACACAUGGGGUCACUGUGAGCUGGUUAAAGUGGAGAGACUGCAUGGCCUUCCUGCGAGGUUUCUCCUCUCUGAGGCAGGGCAUUUAGACUCCCUGUGCCGUGGCCUGGAGGAGCCUCCCACCGCUGCCCCAUGCCUCGCUCAGAAGUGAAGAUGCUGUGUAAAAGCUUCCAUAUUGAUGCCAUAAAAUAUAAUUUAUCACUGUCUCCCGGGUCCAAAUCAAGAGAAGAAGGUCUGGGGAAUCCCACAUGCUCUUAGCUCCAGACAAAAUAAAACACUUUAUCAUCUACCCAUGGAGCCUGAUGUGGCCUUGACGACUCUCAGCAAGGGGGCCCUUCCUGAACUACAGUCAGAGAAGCCGUCAUUAAAUAGGCUUGAAAAAUCUUUGAAAAGUGUUUUAUUUUUAAAGGUACUACACGACUAAAGAAAAAUUUCAAAUUCACUUCAAAAUAGAAUAAUUCCCUAUACUGCAUCCCCAAAUAUACAUAUUUAUGCCAUUCUAAUCAUUAUGUACAAAUUUUUCCUCCGCUGUUUUCACCUAGCCUGUCAAACUGUUUCCAUUUGCCUGCAGUCUCUGUAAUUUACGUUUCAAUUAUUCUGUAUUACUCCAUUCCUCUAAAAUUACAUUUCAAUUUUUCUGUUAUGUCAAUACACCACAGUCUAAUAAACCGUUUCUUCUAAAACUAGACAAUUAAGUUGUUUCCAAGUUUUAACUAUUUUAAAUAGUGCUGUGGAAAACAUCUUAUAUAAAUUGUUGUUUGCUUCUGAUUAAUUGUUUCCUUAAGAUAAAUUUUAAGAAGUAGAAUUACUGAGUAGUGGCAUAAUGCUUUUCAGAAUCAUUCUGUAGCUUCACAGUGCCACCAGCAAUUCAGAGUACCAUUCUCCUCACAGUGAAACCAGCACUGGGAAUUAUUUUCAGAGAUUUUAUUUUAUUUUAUGUUUUGCUACUUUAGUUAGGUGUAAGAUAAGAUAAUGAAGUUAUCUUAUUGACCUUGUAGAGAAGCAUUAUUCUGAAAAAAGAGCCAGUCGAGAACAGAUUUAAAACUACUUCCUCCAAAACCCUGUGAAUCGCAACAGAAUAUUGUCCAAUAUAGUGCUGGUAGAUAAGCCUUCUAGGUUGGAAGGUACUCGGAAUACACAGUGGCCACAGUGGGCUCCAGCAUACCAGUGAUCAUGAAGAUGGUGCAGGGCUGGGCCGCGUUUCAUUCUGUUGUAUAGGGAGUCACCGGGAGCCGGAGCCAGCUCGAAGGCACUGACAACAAUUUGUCUUGACUCCUAAGGCGCUAAGACAGUUUUCACAGUGUGGCACCCGACCAAGCACAUCACCUAGGAGCCUGUUAAACAUGUGCCCCCUUGGGUCCUACCCAAGACCUUUGGGGUCAGAAGCUCAGGGAGUGGGGGGCCAGCAAUAGGGUGGCAAUGCUCAAGUUUGAGAACCCUCCCACAUUAAGGGAGCCUCAGAAACACACCAGUCCCUGGAAGCUAAACCAUGAAGAAGACUGGGAAAUCAUGUCACAAGUAAAAAGAUUCAACUUUUGAAGUAGAUGGGCCCAGGUUCAUAGCCAGCCUGGCCACAUGGCAGCGGAGUGACAGGGCCUUGGGCCUGACCCUCAGAGUUUGGCUUCUGCGGGGUCUGGCCUGGCCCUGUAUGGUUGUGUGUCCAGGUCUGGCUGAAGGAUGUCUCCCUGUGGAUGCAUCCCAGAGGGGCUGGGGAAGCCUGCCAGACCCCCUGGUACCCCAGGCCCACUGCUGCUAGUAACGGCAGUCUCCAUCACAACUAGCCGAGGCUACCAGCUGAGCCCAGUCUGAGGCCCUGUGUGCACACACGCAGCUUUUGACUCUGGAAUCAGCCAGAGAGGUGGCGGAGAUGGCUUUUGGAAACACGAUCCAGCUGGCUUCCUAGUGGUAAAUCUCGGCCCCCAGGACAGACACGCCGCCCACUCAUUUGGGCUGGGGAGACUGAGCGUCAUUCUUCAAAGCUGUCACUUUGCCCCGUCACAGCAGUAAAGAGUUCUACAAGGACUCUGGCUUGUCCGCCUGGGUCCUGAAGUGUCACCAAGCAGAUGGUGCUGGCAAGCUUCUGGGCAUCACCCACGGAAGAAGAUUUGGGACGUCUUCAGAAAAUGGAAGCUGCCUAAGUGAACUGAUGAAAGCAGAGGAUUUGACAGGAGCUUUCUGAUUCUCUUCCCAGAGUGAGCUUCCCAGAACUGACAAAUCCGUUAUGACCGCAGGAGACAGGGUGACUCCCAGGAGUGUAGGGAAGGGGACCUGGCACAGGGGCUGGGGAUGCAGAGAGAGAGAGAUGUUCUGAGUCAAAAUGCCUACAUGGGCUGUUCAUUAGUGCAACUGAGCCUGCAGGAGUGAGGGGACCGGCGUGUGGUGUGCGCACUGCCUACCUACGGAAGGCGUGUUGUCUUCAGACUAGCUAGAAACCAGAAUGUGCCAAGGUAUCCAGGACCCCACCAUCCUGAAAGGCAGAGGAAGUCAAUAAAGGGAUGGUUGUUAGUUGCCAUGGCAACCUUAUGGCCAACAGAAGGAAACACUGCCUGGUCCUGCACCAUCUUCCUCAUCAUUGCUGUGCUCAGUCCAUUGUUGCUGCCACUGUGUAUUUUGAGUGCCUUCCAGCACCAUGUCCGACAAUACUCUGCUGUAUCCAUAAGGUCUUCAUUGGCUGAUUUUUGAAAGUAGAUCACCAGCCUUUUCUUCCUAGUCUGCCUUAGUCUUAGUCUGGAAGCUCUGCUGAAACCCAUCCACCAUGAGUGACCCUGCUGCUAUUGGUAAUAUUAGUGGCACAGCUUCCAGCAUCAUAACAGCAUGCAAGCCACCACAGUAUGACAACUGACAGAUGGGUGGUGGCAAGACAAAUGAGGGGAGUACAAAGCAUAAGAAGGGUGCUGGUGUCCACUUGGCUAUGGUAAAAAGAGCUACUGAUCAUCCUCAGCUGGGCCUCAGACCCUGGAAGUAGAUGGAACUGACAGGCCAGACAUGGACAACCGCACACACACGCACACACGUAUGCACAUGCACACAGGCUUUGGAAUGACUGAGUGUCUCUAAAUCUCCGUUUCUUCAUCUGGGAC